AUGGCAGAAAAGGAACAGAGUCAAAUCAAUAUCGGUGAAAACCGAAUUGCAACACCACCACCACCAUUAGAAGAGAAAAAUGUCGAAAUUGUUGCUCAAGCCAAAUCGCAAGAAGGUAGUUCUUUAGAUGCUUUCUCCAAUCCAGAGAGCGACGAAGGCAGAGAGCCCACAGAACAAGAAUUGAAAGACCUUAGACACGUUGUGGGUGAUAUUCCAGCUUCUGCUUGGCUUGUUGCCGUAGUCGAGUUGGCCGAACGUUUCAGUUACUACGGUCUUAGUGCUCCUUUCCAAAACUAUAUGCAAAAUGGUCCUGACGAUCACCCAGCAGGUGCAUUGCAAUUGGGUCAACAAGGUGCAACUGCGCUCAGUUACUUUUUCCAGUUUUGGUGUUACGUCACACCAAUUGGUGGUGCAUGGUUGGCAGACACUUAUUUGGGUCGUUUCACAACUAUUUGUUGGGCCACGGGUAUCUACAUCAUUGGUAUUUUCCUUCUUUUCAUCACAUCUAUCCCAUCAAUCACUAGUAAAUCAGUUGGUACUGGUGGUUUUGUUGCCGCUAUUAUCAUCAUUGGUAUUGCAACUGGUAUGAUCAAGUCAAACGUGAGUCCCUUGAUUGCUGAUCAAGUGCCAAAGAGAAACCCAUACAUCAAGAUUACUAAAAAAGGUGAAAGAGUCGUUGUUGACCCCGCACUCACUAUUCAAAGAACAUUUAGUGUCUUUUAUCUUAUGAUCAACAUUGGUUCACUUUCAGUUAUUGCAACAACUGAGUUGGAAGCACACAAGGGUUUCUGGACUGCAUACUUGUUGCCAUUCUGUUUCUUCUUUGUUGGUGUGGUUGUGCUCAUAAUUGGUAAAAACAAGUAUAUCAAAGUUCCCGUUGGUGACAAGGUUAUCUCAAGAACAUUUAGAUGCGUUUGGGCGGCUGCUCGUAAAGGGUUCAAUUUCGAAAAAAUUAAGCCAUCUAAAAGUGAUAAAGCUUACGAUUGGGAUGACCACUUUGUCGAUGAGAUCAAGAGAGCUAUUGCCGCAUGUAAAGUUUUCCUUUUCUUCCCUGUUUACUGGCUUGUUUACGGUCAAAUGUUGAACAAUUUCGUUUCACAAGCCGGUACAAUGAGAGCACACGGAUUGCCAAAUGAUUUCCUUCAAGCCAUUGACUCCAUUGCCAUUAUCAUCUUUAUCCCAAUCAUGGAACGUGGUGUUUACCCAUUCAUUAGAGCAUACACCCCAUUCAAGUUGAAACCCAUCACACGUAUCUUUUUCGGAUUCAUGUUUGCUAGUGGAUCCAUGAUUUACGCUGCCGUGUUACAACAUUACAUCUAUAAAGCUGGUCCAUGUUACGACCACCCAUCCGAUUGUCCAAACGGUAACGAUAUCCACAUUGCAUUGCAAACUCCAGCUUAUUGGUUGAUUGCCAUGAGUGAAAUUCUUGCAUCAAUCACUGGUCUUGAAUAUGCAUACACCAAGGCACCAGUAAGUAUGAAAUCGUUUGUUAUGUCGCUUUUCCUUGUCACCAAUGCAUUUGGUGCUGCAUUGGGUAUUGCAUUGUCACCAGUGAGUGUUGACCCUAAAAUGGUAUGGACUUUCACUGGUUUGGCUGUUUCGGCAUUCAUUGCAGGUAUUUUGUUCUGGUUCAUUUACAGGAGCUAUAAUGCCAAGGAAGAAGCAUGGAACAACUUGGAGUAUGAAAACGAGUUAGAUGAAGCUGUGUUGAGGCCUAUUCACUCAUUCCCACACUCAGUAAAGAGCCUUGCCUAA